ACAUAUUUUGUUACGAUUUAAAUAAACAAACGAGAAGAUAGCUUUUACAAACAAAACCGGUGAAUAAAUUGUCAUGAUAAAAAUUUUUCUUCAUAUAUAUUAUUGUCGAACGUAUGAAGUAAAAUGUAAGCAUCAAAAAUAUGAAAAUUUCCUUAAGUUCAGUGAACAGAGAAUAUGUUGUUCAGUAUUUUGCAACUAUAUCUGGAGCCUUUGCCAUACUCAGUUCAGGUAUAAACUUAGGAUGGACUUCGCCAUUUCUCCCUAAGCUCUUAGCUUCAAAUUCCACAAUACCAACGACCAACAAUGAAGGAUCAUGGUGUGCUAUAGCUCCUUUAAUUGGAGCACCACCAGGAGCCAUUAUUGCCGCAAUAUUAGUAGACAAAAUAGGGAGAAAAAAUACUACAUUGUUUAUGGCUCCAUGGGUGACAUUUUGCUUUAUAGGAAUAGCAUUUUCCAGAACAAUUUGGGAAAUAUUUGGUUUUCGAUUUAUUAUUGGAUCAGUAGAAGGUGCUUUAUACACAGUUCUGCCCAUGUAUAUCGGGGAGAUAUCUGAUCCAAAAAUUAGAGGAUUUCUAACGGCUACAAUUGCAAUAGCGGCUAUAACAGGAACCCUAUUCAUUAACGUUAUCGGUUCUAUGUGUAAUAUAUUCGUAUCCAGUUUAAUAUGCUCUCUAAUACCCCUUAUACAUAUGAUCGCAUUUUCUUUGGUUCCGGAAUCGCCGUAUUAUUACAUUAAAAAAGGAAAUUUUGAAGCUGCAAAGAAAAGCCUACAGACACUGAGAGGUAAAAAGGACGUUGAUCAAGAGAUGGAUUUACUGGCACAAUCCGUGGUAAGGCAAGAAAGAACUAGCGGCCAAGCUGGGAUUUUGGAUUUGCUGACGAUUUCAAGUAACAGACGAGCUUGCUGUAUUUUCAUCAUGGUGUGUUUAACUAAUAAGUUUAGUGGAAAGAAUCCUUGCAUGUUUUAUACUGAAACCAUCUUUAAAGAAGCCGGUAGUAGUAUCGAUGCGACCAUAUCAGUUAUAGUUUACUGUAGUGUUGAAUUAAUAGCAGUGACCAUUGCGACCUGUUUUGUGGUAGAUCGGUUUGGUAAGAGAAAACUACUUAUCACAUCCGCCGCGGGGUGUGGCUUAUCAGUUUUUGCUUUGUCGGUAUAUUUCUUUCUUAAAGAUUUCCAAGUAAAUACCGAAUAUAUUUUCUUUCUACCGAUAACAGCGUUAGUUAUGUAUAACAUAAUGUUCAGCAUCGGUCUUUCUUUUGGAAUGGUUACAGUGUUAAGUGAACUAUUUCCAACAAAUGUAAAGGCAAAAGCACUUUGUAUUGCUGAUACUUUCUCUGUGAUUAUGGGAUCUUUAGUAUCGAAAAUAUUUCAAAUAUCGUUUGACGAAAUUGGUUCGAUGUCAUACCCGUUUUUGUUUUUCUCUAUUUGCAGUUUUGCUGGUUUGAUUUUUAUUGUUAAAUAUAUGCCAGAAACAAAGGGAAAAACUCUCGAAGAAAUUCAACAACUUUUAAUUGGCCAGGAACAAUGCUCCUCGACGGAAAUGAGUGUAAGACAAAUGACGUAUGUAAACGAUUCUUUCAAUUAAGUAGAAUAAAAACGUAAAAAUAAAACAUUAAAUAUUA